AUGCACCUCCUCUCCCCCCUCAGCCUCAGCCUCAGCCUCCUCAUAACAACAGCAACCACCUUCAUCCACCAAGCAACCGCCUCACCAACAUCGCACACCCACUCCCAAAACCACGCCCAACGAUCCCCGCACCUACCAACCCAAAACAACCACCGCCGCACCUUCUCCCUCCUUCCAACCUUGAACCUCAACGCCCUCGACCUCACCAAACUUUCGAACAUCGAUCUCACCAACCCCAAUAGCAACGGCGAAGCGCUGGACACGCUGAACGAGGUCCUUGACACGCUGCCGCUGGCGAUCGAGUUCUGGGCCCUGAACCGCACCGCCGGGGUUGUGGGGAUGAGUCUUGAUAUGGGAUUGGCGGAGUUAGCGGAUAUUGGGCUGGUGAGCCUCGGAAAGCAGGGGGCCGGGUCGCGAGGGAGGAAUGCCAAGGUGCAUGUUAAUGUUACUAUUACUGGGCUUGUGGAUUAG